AUGGCGGAGGCCAGCUUGAGGAGCUGGCUGCUCUGGGCCCUGCUCCUGUACUCGGCCCAGGGUGAGCUGUACACGCCCAUCCACAAGGCCGGCUACUGUACCUUCUACGAUGAAUGCGGCAGUAACCCAGAGGUGUCUGGAGGCCUCAUGUCACUGUCCAAUGUGUCCUGUCUGUCCAACACACCGGCCCGCAGCAUCACGGGAGAACACCUGGCCCUCUUGCAGAGCAUCUGCCCCCGCCUCUACACCGGCCCUGACACCACGCAGGCCUGCUGCUCUGCCAAGCAGCUGGUGUCGCUAGAUACGAGUUUGUCGAUCACCAAGGCUCUCCUCACCCGCUGCCCGGCCUGCUCUGACAACUUCGUCAGCCUGCACUGCCACAACACCUGCAGCCCCAACCAGAGCCUCUUCAUCAAUGUCACCCGUGUGGCCCAGCGAGAGGCCGGCCAGCCCCCAGCCGUGGUGGCCUAUGAGGCCUUCUAUCAGAACAGCUUUGCUGAGCAAACCUACGAAUCCUGCAGCCGAGUGCGCAUCCCUGCAGCCGCCACGCUGGCCGUGAGCACCAUGUGCGGUGUAUAUGGCUCUGCCCUUUGCAAUGCUCAGCGCUGGCUCAAUUUCCAGGGAGACACGGGGAACGGCCUGGCCCCUCUGGACAUCACUUUCCACCUCGUGGAGCCCGGUCAGGCUCUGGAGGACGGGAUGCAGCCUCUGAACGAGGAGAUUGUGCACUGCAACGAGUCCCAGGGCAAUGGCGCAGCGGCCUGCUCCUGCCAGGACUGCGCUGCAUCCUGCCCCGCCAUCACCCGCCCCCAAGCCCUGGAUGACACCUUCUACCUGGGCCUGAUGCCAGGUGGGCUGGCUCUCAUCAUCAUCCUCUGCUCUGUCCUUGUGGUGCUCACUUCUGUUCUCAUGUGCUUCCGUGCGGCCCCCCGCAAGGACAAGGGCAAGAGGGAGGACCCCAAGGCCAGUGCCCGCCUCCCUAACACACUUAGCCUCUCUGACAGGCUCAGCCUCUACACACACACCUGCCUCAGCUGGUUCUUCCAGUGCUGGGGCACGUGGGUGGCCUCAUGGCCGCUGACUGUCCUGGCAGUGUCCAUCGUGGUGGUGGUGUCCUUAGCAGGGGGCCUGACCUUCACAGAACUCACCACGGACCCCGUGGAGCUGUGGUCGGCCCCCAAUAGCCAAGCCCGGAGAGAGAAGGCAUUCCAUGACGAGCAUUUUGGCCCCUUCUUCCGGACCAACCAGGUGAUCCUGACGGCUCCAAACCGGCCCAGCUACAGGUACGACUCCCUGCUGCUGGGGCCCAAGAACUUCAGCGGGAUCCUGAACGUGGACCUGCUGCUGGAGCUGCUGGAGCUUCAGGAGAAGCUGCGGCACCUGCAGGUGUGGUCUCCCGAGGCGCAACGCAACAUCUCCCUGCGGGACAUCUGCUACGCUCCCCUCAACCCGAACAACGCUAGUCUGUCCGACUGCUGCAUCAACAGCUUCCUGCAGUAUUUCCAGAGCAACAGCACGCUCCUGCUGCUCACAGCCAACCAGACGCUGAUGGGGCAGACCUCCCAGGUCGACUGGAGGGACCACUUUCUCUACUGCGCCAAUGCCCCGCUCACCUACAAAGAUGGCACAUCCCUGGCCCUGAGCUGUAUAGCUGACUACGGGGCCCCUGUCUUCCCUUACCUCGCUGUGGGGGGGUACAAAGGAAAGGACUACUCUGAGGCGGAGGCCCUGAUCAUGACCUUCUCCCUCAACAACUAUGCUGCUGGGGACCCCCGCCUGGCCCAGGCCAAGCUCUGGGAGGGGGCCUUCUUGGAGGAGAUGCAAGCCUUCCAGCAGAGGACGGCCGGCAUGUUUCAGGUCGCAUUCAUGGCUGAGCGCUCUCUGGAGGAUGAGAUCAACCGUACCACGGCUGAGGACCUGCCCAUCUUUGCCGUCAGCUACAUCGUCAUCUUCCUGUACAUCUCCCUGGCCCUAGGCAGUUACUCCAGCUGUAGCCGUGUGCUGGUGGACUCCAAGGCCACGGUGGGCCUAGGCGGGGUGGCCGUGGUGUUGGGAGCGGUCAUGGCUGCCAUGGGCUUCUUCUCUUACCUGGGUGUCCCCUCCUCCUUGAUCAUCCUCCAAGUGGUGCCUUUCCUGGUGCUGGCUGUGGGGGCCGACAACAUCUUCAUCUUUGUUCUUGAGUACCAGAGGAUGCCUCGGAGGCCUGGGGAGCAGCGGGAGGCACACAUUGGCCGAGCCCUGAGCAGAGUGGCCCCCAGCAUGCUGCUGUGCAGCCUCUCAGAGGCCAUCUGCUUCUUCCUAGGAGCCCUGACCCCCAUGCCGGCUGUGCGGACCUUCGCCCUGACAUCUGGCCUUGCGGUGAUCCUCAACUUCCUGUUGCAGAUGUCAGCCUUUGUGGCCCUACUCUCCCUGGACAGCAAGAGGCAGGAGGCCUCCCAGCAGGAUGUCUGCUGCUGCUUCAGGCACCGGGACCUGCCCCCGCCUGGCCAAAGCGAGGGGCUCCUGCUCCGCUUCUUCCACAAGGUCUACGCCCCCUUCCUGCUGCACUGGCUCACCCGCAGGGUCGUGCCAUUCCUGUUUCUGGCCCUGUUUGGAGUGAGUCUCUACUUCAUGUGCCAGAUUAGUGUGGGGCUGGACCAGGAGCUGGCACUGCCCAAGGACUCGUAUCUGCUCGACUACUUCCUCUUCCUGAACCACUACUUUGAGGUAGGGGCCCCAGUGUACUUUGUCACCACCUCGGGCUACAACUUCUCCAGUGAGGCAGGCAUGAAUGCCAUCUGCUCCAGUGCAGGCUGCAAUAACUACUCCUUAACCCAGAAGAUCCAGUAUGCCACUGAGUUUCCUGAGGAGUCCUACCUGGCCAUUCCCGCCUCCUCCUGGGUGGAUGACUUCAUUGACUGGCUGACCCCAUCCUCCUGCUGCCGCCUUUACAGCUCUGGCCCCAAUAAGGAUGAGUUCUGCCCUUCGACCGUCAGCUUCUUCAACUGCUUAAAGUACUGCAUGAGCUACACAGUCAACCCUGUGCGACCCUCAGUGGAGCAGUUCCACAAGUAUCUUCCCUUGUUCCUGAGCGACCCGCCCAACAUCAACUGUCCCAAAGGUGGCCUGGCAGCAUACAACACCUCUGUGGAUUUGGGCACAGAUGGCCAGGUUUUAGCUUCCCGAUUCAUGGCUUACCACACACCCCUGAAGAACUCGCAGGAUUACACGGAAGCUCUGCGGGCAGCUCGGGAGCUGGCAGCCAACAUCACUGCUGACCUGCGGAAGGUGCCGGGGACAGACCCGGCCUUUGAGGUCUUCCCCUACACGAUCUCUAAUGUAUUCUACGAGCAGUACCUGACUGUGCUCCCUGAGGGGCUCUUCACGCUCAGCAUCUGCCUCGUGCCCACCUUCGCCGUCUGCUGCCUCCUGCUGGGCAUGGACCUGCGCUCUGGCCUCCUCAACCUCAUCUCCAUCGUCAUGAUACUUGUGGACACCGUUGGCUUCAUGGCCCUGGCGGGCAUCAGUUACAAUGCCGUGUCCCUCAUCAACCUGGUCUCGGCGGUGGGCAUGUCUGUGGAGUUUGUGUCCCACAUCACCCGCUCCUUUGCCAUCAGCACCAAGCCCACUCGGCUGGAGAGGGCCAAGGAAGCCACCAUCUCCAUGGGCAGUGCUGUAUUCGCGGGGGUGGCCAUGACCAACCUGCCUGGCAUCCUUGUCCUGGGCCUUGCCAAGGCCCAGCUUAUUCAGAUCUUCUUCUUCCGCCUCAACCUCCUGAUCACCCUGCUGGGCCUGCUGCACGGCCUGGUCUUCCUGCCAGUCAUUCUCAGCUACCUGGGGCCUGAUGUCAACCCAGCUCUGAUGCUGGAGGUGAAGUGGGCCGAGGAGGCGCCAGUGGCCAGGGCAGCCUCCUGCUUGAAGCACCCCUCCCCGUCCUGCACAACCAACACCUAUGUCAACCACGGCUUUGACCAUCCUGUCAAGGGUGCUGGUGCCAUCAGCGGCUCUUUGCCCAACAAUGGGAAGGGGCUCUGA